AUGGGUAUUGACAGCUUUUGCAGUCUUGACGAUUCUGACCCAUUUUGGGACUGGAACCGGACAUGGCAUGCACACAAUCCAGAUCUGACACAGUGUUUCCAAAACACAGUGCUGGUUUGGAUUCCCUGUGUCUACCUCUGGGUGAUUGCACCAUUUUACUUCCUAUACCUCAAAAGCCAUGACCGAGGUUACAUAUGUAUGACUCACCUCAACAAAGCCAAAACAGUUAUUGGGUUUCUGCUGUGGAUUAUCUGCUGGGCAGAUGUUUUCUACUCUUUCUGGGAAAGAAGCCAGGGUGCAGCCAAAGCACCUGUCUAUUUAGUCAGCCCCACAGUGCUUGGCAUUACAAUGUUGCUGGCGACAUUUUUGAUCCAGUAUGAGCGGAUUAAAGGGGUCCAGUCAUCAGGGGUCAUGCUGAAUUUCUGGCUUGUAGCUGUAGUCUGUGCUACAGUUACUUUCCGAUCCAAGAUCUUGCUGGCUCUCAGUGAGGAUGCUGAGGUUGAUGUGUUCAGAUACACAACCUUCUACAUCUACUACAGCCUGCUGUUUGUGUCACUCAUCCUCUCCUGUCUGUCAGAUCAGCCUCCCCUCUUCUCCCAGGUCGUCAAAGACCCGAACCCCUGUCCAGAGUCUGGAGCCUGCUUCCUUUCCAGGAUCACCUUCUGGUGGAUCACUGGAAUGAUGGUGCACGGAUAUAAAACACCUUUGGAGGAGAAGGACCUGUGGUCCCUCAACGCAGAAGACCAGUCACAGAGGGUGGUACCGCAACUGGAGCGCCGCUGGAACCAGGAGUGUGACAAGGUCAAAAGGCCACUUCAAAAGUCGCUUUACUCCCCGAAACGAUCUGCAAUAAAUGAGAAAAAGGAUGAACAACCCAUUGAAGAGUCUGAGAUUUUGAUCGUGAAAACGCCCCAGAAAGUGGGGGAGCCCUCCCUCUUCCUCGCCCUCUGCCGCACCUUCGGACCCUACUUCCUGGUCAGCUCUGUAUACAAGAUCAUCCACGACAUCCUGAUGUUUGUCGGUCCAGAGAUUCUCAGGUUGCUGAUUCUGUUCGUGAACGAUUCCAGCGCCCCCUCCUGGCAGGGUUACUUUUACACAUCUCUGCUGUUUGUGUGCACCUGCGUGCAGACGCUCAUCCUGCAGAAAUACUUUCACGUGUGCUUCGUGACGGGCAUGAGACUACGCACAGCCAUAGUGGGAGCUGUGUACCGGAAGGCCCUGGUCAUCACCAACGCGGCACGUCGCACCUCAACAGUGGGAGAGAUCGUCAACCUGAUGUCUGUGGACGCACAGCGCUUUAUGGAUCUCAUCACCUACAUCAACAUGAUCUGGUCUGCCCCCCUGCAAGUCGUCCUGGCCCUCUACUUCCUCUGGCAGAACCUGGGUCCGUCCGUAUUGGCUGGCGUGGCCGUCAUGGUGCUGAUGGUUCCGCUGAAUGCCGUCAUUGCUAUGAAAACCAAGACCUAUCAGGUGGCUCAGAUGAAGAGCAAGGACAACCGAAUCAAGCUGAUGAAUGAGGUUCUGAACGGGAUCAAGGUUCUGAAGCUGUAUGCCUGGGAGCUGGCCUUCAAAGACAAGGUGUCCGCCAUCCGUGAGAGCGAGCUUCGUGUGCUGAAGAAGGCCGCCUACCUGGGAGCCGUGUCCACCUUCACCUGGGUCUGCGCUCCCUUCCUGGUUGCCCUGUCCACGUUUGCUGUGUACGUGCUGGUGGAUGAGAAUAAUGUGCUGGAUGCUCAGAAGGCCUUUGUGUCGCUGGCCCUGUUCAACAUCCUGCGUUUCCCCCUCAACAUGCUGCCCAUGGUCAUCAGCAGCAUGGUGCAGGCCAGUGUGUCCAUGAAGCGUCUGCGUGUGUUUUUGUCUCACGAGGAGCUGGAUAAAGACAGCGUAGACCAUAGAGCCAUCACCGGAUCUCCUGACAGCAUAACCGUCGUCGACGGAGCGUUCAGCUGGUCGAACAAUGACGCCCCUACUUUGAAGAGAAUUAACAUGCGUAUCCCUGAGGGGGCUCUGGUGGCUCUGGUGGGACACGUGGGCUCCGGGAAGUCUUCUCUGCUCUCGGCCCUGCUUGGAGAGAUGCACAAACAGGAGGGCUCUGUCUCUGUCAAGGGAUCGGUGGCGUAUGUGCCUCAGCAGGCCUGGAUCCAGAAUGCCACCCUGAGGGACAACAUCAUAUUUGGGCGGGAGAAGAAGGACAGCUGGUACCACAGAGUGGUGGAGGCCUGUGCUCUCUUACCAGACCUGGAGAUUCUACCUGGUGGAGACAUGACAGAGAUUGGAGAGAAGGGUGUGAAUCUCUCAGGGGGGCAGAAACAGCGUGUUAGUCUGGCCAGAGCCGUGUACUGCGACCGUGCUGUGUAUCUGCUGGAUGACCCUCUGUCUGCUGUGGAUGCUCACGUUGGCAAACACAUCUUUGAGAAGGUCAUCGGCCCACAGGGCAUACUGCGGGACAGGACGCGUGUGUUGGUGACCCACGGGCUGAGUUUCCUGCCCCAGGUUGACCUGAUCCUGGUGAUGGUGGAUGGGGAGAUUACAGAGAUGGGAUCUUACACAGAGCUGCUGGGAAGACAGGGAGCCUUCGCCGACUUCCUGCGCACCUACGCCAACGCCGAGCAGGAGGCAGAAGAGGAGUCUGCAGGAGAAGAAGGGAGGGCGAAAGAGGAAGAGAAAGGGGAGACUGAAGAUACAGUGCCACGGAAAGGAUUAGAGAAUGGUGGCCCCGCCUCUUUGCUGAGGCAGAGUCAGACAUCCCUCAGUGCAGCCAGCUCAGCUAAGUCCAUGAUAAAGACUGAUCCUUCAGACAGCGCAGGAGCCAAGACCAAGUCCACAGAUGCAGCCAAACUGACGGAGGCAGACAAAGCCAACACUGGCAGGGUUAAACUGUCUGUAUUCUGGGAGUACAUGAAAGCUAUCGGCCUUUGUCUGUCCAUUACUAGCAUCUUUUUGUUUUUCGCUCAUCACCUGGCCUCUCUGGGCUCCAAUUACUGGCUGAGCCUGUGGACUGACGACCCGGUGGUCAACGGCACACAGCCGUACAGGAAGAUGCGUCUGGGGGUGUACGGGGCCCUGGGGCUGUCGCAGGGUGUGGCAGUGUUCUGCUACUCGGUGUCUGUGUCCGUUGGUGGCAUCCUCGCUUCCCGGUACCUGCACGAGACCAUGCUCCACAACGUCCUGCGUUCCCCCAUGGCCUUCUUCGAGCGCACGCCCAGCGGGAACCUGGUGAACCGCUUCGCCAAGGAGACCGACACCAUCGACUCGGUCAUCCCCAGCAUCAUUAAGAUGUUUAUGGGCUCCCUGUUUAACGUGCUGGGCUCCUGUGCCGUCAUCCUCAUCGCCACGCCCCUGACGGCCAUUAUCAUCCCCCCUCUGGGUCUGCUCUACUUCUUCGUGCAGCGCUUCUACGUGGCGACGUCUCGGCAGCUGAAGCGACUGGAGUCGGUGAGCCGUUCGCCGGUCUACACGCACUUUAACGAGACGCUGCUGGGAACCACGGUCAUCCGGGCGUUUGGCGAGCAGCAGCGGUUCAUCCGAGAGAGCGACGGUCGCGUGGACCACAACCAAAAGGCUUAUUUUCCCAGUAUCGUGGCCAACCGUUGGCUUGCGGUGCGGCUGGAGUUCGUGGGGAACUGUAUCGUGACUUUCGCCGCGUUGUUUGCUGUGGUGGGAAGAGAGAGCCUGAGCCCUGGAAUCAUGGGUCUGUCCAUCUCCUAUGCCCUACAGGUCACUGCCUCUCUGAACUGGUUGGUGCGCAUGUCCUCUGAACUGGAGACCAACAUCGUAGCCGUGGAGAGGGUGAAGGAGUACGGCGACACUGAGAAAGAGGCUGAGUGGCGUUUGGAGAACUCCAGCCCUCCUGCAGGAUGGCCCACGGCAGGACACAUAGAGAUACACAACUUUGGGCUAAGGUACAGAGAGGACCUAGAGCUGGCCAUCCGAAACAUCACGGUCACCAUCGAAGGAGGAGAAAAGGUGGGGAUUGUGGGAAGGACAGGGGCAGGAAAAUCGUCUCUGACCUUAGGGCUGUUUCGCAUCAUUGAAGCAGCGCAGGGUGAGAUUUGCAUUGAUGGAGUGAACAUCGCCAACCUUGGUCUUCAUGACCUGCGUUCUCGAGUCACCAUCAUCCCACAGGAUCCGGUGCUGUUUUCUGGAUCUCUGCGCAUGAACCUGGAUCCCUUUGAUGGUUACUCAGAUGAGGAGGUGUGGAGAGCUCUGGAACUGGCACAUCUGAAGAAUUUUGUGUCUGGUUUGCCUGACAAACUCAACCACGAGUGCUCAGAGGGAGGAGAGAACCUCAGUUUGGGCCAGCGGCAGCUGGUUUGCCUGGCUCGAGCUCUCCUCCGCAAGACCAAGAUUCUGGUUUUGGACGAGGCCACGGCAGCUGUGGAUCUGGAGACAGACAAUCUGAUCCAGUCCACCAUCCGCACCCAGUUUGAAGACUGCACCGUUCUGACCAUUGCACAUCGACUGAACACCAUCAUGGAUUACACCAGGGUUCUGGUUCUGGACAGAGGUCAGAUGGCAGAGUUUGGUUCACCAUCCAGUCUAAUAGCCAAGAAAGGAAUAUUCUAUAAGAUGGCCAAGGACUCGGGUUUGGUGUGAUGGGUGGAAAGGGAUGGUCUGAUCCCCUACGUGCUGCCAGAGUCCCCGUCUUUCUCUCACACUCUUCUCCCUGGAGUUGCUCUGGGAGGAGAGCGGUGGAGAGGGGGGGGCUGUUAACUGCGGGCGAUGCUCGUUUUGAACUCUGGACUAUCACAGUGUGAUUCCACUCCACUGUCUCUGAUCUCUCUUCUCCCUCUCGCUGUUAUCGCUCCGACUCUAGCGCCUUCUCUCUCUCUAUAGCUAAAGGUUUCAACCGCUGCUUUGGAGUAUUGCCUGAUGCCUAUAUAAUUCAGGACUGAUGAGUGUGU